AUGGCGAGGUUAACUGAUAUGGGGUGCCUUCUCGUCCCACUGAUAAUGCUGUUCGGGUCCUCGAUCCAAGGAGACGCCAAGAGUGAAAAAGAUGCCGAGAAAAGCGGGAAUUUCAUGGAAGAUGAACAGUGGCUGUCCACCAUUUCCCAGUACAGCCGCAAGAUCAAGCACUGGAACCGCUUCAGAGAUGAAGUGGAGGACGACUAUAUCAGAACAUGGGAUGAAAACCAAGGUUCAUAUGAGGAUGUGGACACCACCAAAGACCCUUGUCAGAAGGUAAAGUGCAGCCGACACAAGGUGUGUGUUGCCCAGGGUUACCAGCGUGCUGUAUGUGUCAACCGCAAAAAGCUGGAGCACAGACUGAAGCAGCCUGUUGUGAGGCCGCAGGAAAGCAGCUGUAAACCCUGUCCCGUUUCCGCUUCUGGACCCGUCUGCGGUUCUGACGGACAUAACUACGCCUCUCAGUGUAAACUGGAGCAGCAGGCUUGUCUCUCUGGAAAAGAACUGAGUGUGAAAUGCACUGGUCUCUGUCCCUGCCUCAACACACCUGCCCCAAAUACAGAUUCCGACAGCAAACGCGAGACUUGCACAGGGCAGGAUCUAGCUGAUCUGGGGGACCGCCUGAGGGACUGGUUCCAGCUGCUCCAAGGCAACGCCAAGCAGAACAGCACGGCCAAGUCUGCAGUCAACUCUGCUUCAAUUCUGGACCGGAGCCUUGUGGCGACUUGUAAGGAUUCUAUCGGCUGGAUGUUCUCAAAACUCGACACCAACAGCGACCUGUAUCUGGACCAGGCCGAGCUGGCGGCCAUUAACCUGGACAAGUACGAGGUGUGCAUUCGGCCGUUUUUCAACUCCUGCGACUCCUACCGCGACGGCAAGGUCUCCACGGCCGAGUGGUGUCUCUGCUUCUGGAGAGAGAAGCCUCCUUGCCUGGCUGAGCUAGAAAGGAUCCAAGUGCAGGAGGGGACCAAGAAAAAGCUGGGUACGUACAUUCCCAGCUGUGAUGAAGAUGGUUAUUACAGGAAGUUACAGUGUGACCAGAGCAGGGGGGAGUGUUGGUGUGUGGAUCAGCAUGGAGGAGAGCUAAUAGGCUCUAGAGUCCAUGGCAACCCGGACUGUGAUGAAGUGGUUGCCUACUCUGGAGAUUUCGGCAGCGGCGUCGGUUGGGAGGACGAAGAGGAGAAAGAGGCAGAGGAGAACGGAGAGGAGGCUGAAGAGGAAGAGGGGGAGGUGGGGGAAGCGGAUGAUGGCGGAUACAUCUGGUAG